UUGACAGUCAUAAGUGCACGUAACAUGAAGUCAGAAGACUUUGUAUUAAACAAAAACUUCUUCCUUCUGUGAGGAUAUCAUAAGUUUUAAAAUGUGAUAGAGGUUGUGAAGAUACUAGUUAAAAUGGUUUAUAGUAAAGUCCCUCGAUUAGUUAGGUACGGUUUAAGUGGCGGAGUAGCAAUUGGUAGUGCCGUUGCUGCUAUGAAAUAUCGUGACACCGAUUACAAUUCUUUAGCUGUUGUGAGGCUUGUGAGAGCAGCAUAUACUGCUGUGGAUAUUGGAAGAACUUAUAAGUCCAUGUUAUAUAGCAAAGAGUGGGAUAAAAACUCCAAAGAGUACAUUCAAAUCAAAAGUGAGGCGCAUCAAAUUGGUGCGGAGAAAUUGCUUGAAUUAUGCCGAACAAACAAAGGUGUGUACAUAAAAGUCGGACAACACGUAGGUGCGCUCGACUACCUGCUGCCCUCGGAAUACGUGUCAACAAUGCGUGUUUUGCAUAAAGAUGCCCCUAGAAACACAAUUGAGGAACUAUAUAAGGUUAUUAAGGAAGAUUUAAACCAGGAUCCCCAUGAAUUGUUUAUUGAGUUUGACCCUGAACCACUUGGCACUGCAUCCCUUGCACAAGUACAUAGAGCUAAACUGAAAGAUGGCACUGAGGUAGCUGUUAAAGUUCAGCAUCAUUUCGUUAGAAAGAAUACUAAAAUUGACUUAAAAUGGAUGGAAUUUAUAAUCACUACAAUGUCUAAAGUAUUCCCUGAUUUCCAAAUGCAAUGGCUUAUUGAUGAAACAAAGAAGAAUAUUGCAAAAGAGUUGGACUUUAUGCAAGAAGGUAAAAAUGCAGAAAGGGUGUCUGCUUUGUUUAGUGAUUACAAGUGGUUAAAGGUACCAAAAAUAUUCUGGGACUACAGCACUGAGAGGGUCUUGGUCAUGGAGUAUGUAAAUGGUGGUCAAGUAAAUGAUGUGAAAUAUAUUGAUGAACAUAAAAUAGAUAAAUACAAUCUAUGUUUAAAACUCGGUGAUCUGUAUUCCCAUAUGAUAUUUGUGAGUGGAUUUGUGCAUAGUGAUCCUCAUCCGGGAAACAUACUUGUGAAGAAAGAUCCCGGUGACAAAGAUGUAACAGUAUUCCUGCUGGACCACGGUUUGUAUGCUCAAUUGUCUGAGAAAUUCAGAUAUCAUUAUUCAAAGUUAUGGCUGUCUAUAAUAGCAAGAGAUAAAGAUGAAAUGAAAUUGCAUGCGGAGAAACUUGGCAUACCCAAAGAUCUGUAUGGUUUAUUUGCCUGUAUGGUGACUGGACGGCCAUGGGAUGUCAUAUUAAAGGGUAUUGACAGAACAAAACCAUCUUCUCGAGAGAAAUCGACAUUUCAGAAUGAGUUACCGAAUUUCUUGCAUCACGUGACUCAAUGUUUGGAGCAUGUGAAUCGUGAAGCGCUGCUCGUGUUGAAGACAAAUGAUUUGAUCCGUAGCAUUGAGUAUGCGUUGGGUAUGCAGGAGCGAAUGUGUGGCUUUAUGGUCAUGACCAAAUGUUGCACGCAGAGUAUAUACCAGCUUGAAUACAAGAAAGAAAAUUCCUUUUUGAGGCGACAAUAUCUCAAUACGAAGUAUAUUUGGUCUUUAUUACUGCUUUAUGUGUACAAUGUUUUUCUCAAACUUAGAGAAAAAUUUGUUAUGUACAGUUAGUAAUCAUAAUAUAUUAAAUCAAUGUACAUUUAAGAUGUAAAUGGUCUGACAUUACCAAAAAUAUUUAUUGUUUAGUCCAUUUUUUUACUUUGGCUAUUUUUUUUUCAUACAUGAUGCCAUGCAAUUAAUGUUCCAAGGAAGUCGUUUCCUAGUUGAAAUGUUACAUUGUUUUAGUCAAAUUGUUACCUUAAGUAGGUAAUUGUAAAUACAUAUAGAGUAAAUUAUUGAUUGAACUAAUAUUGUUUAAAAAAAUAAUAAAUUUGGCCAUAUAAAGGGGUAAUUUAUAUAAUUUUAGUAGGGUCAAUAACCUAGUACAUUUAGGUUAUGGGUGUAUUAAAUUAAAAAAAAAUUAAAAUAUUGAAAAACCUAAAUCACUUGAAUUCAAUAAAACGGCAUUGCUUAAAAAGCGAUUGCAAAUUGCAGACCGUGUAUGGCAAACAAAGAGUAUAUAAAAUAAGAGACGGGACGGGGAGAAUAAAAAUUGUCAUUUUCAAUGCUAGCAAUAUUAUGAA